AUGAGCCUAGCUACCUUCAACGACCCAACGCGCGAAGAGCUCCAACUACUGGCUUCAACGGUGACUGAGGUUCCAACCACUUCCCUCUAUGGCACCAUCCACAACUCCCUCGUCCUGAGCCACGUUAUUCCCUACCUGUCCAUCUCGAGCAUCUUGAGCCUAGCUGCAACGAACCGAGCUUUCCGAGAGCUCCUCUUUAGCACCCCGGGAGUGUUUCGCCAUUUGGAUCUCACCCCCAUCAAGGCUCUCAAGUUUGACAUUGACAAGAUCGACCAUGGAGGCGAGGUCUGGCGCAAUGUUCAAUUAGAUGAAAAUGUUACUGAAGAUGACUUUUACUCUGGUCCGCUGAGGGGCAUCUUGUCCACCCUUAAACGGCAACACAUUCUGGAAAAUGUCCAGACUCUGGUUCUUGACGGACUCUCCGUGACUUCGGAGCUCUGCCAUGAUAUCAUAAACGAUGCGGCCUUCAAUGUCCGCGUCUUAUCGAUCCGGGACGUCAAGAACUUGAAUCAGGCCAAGCUUCGCCAGGCACUGCAGUAUGCCUGUCGCCCAACUCGACGAGCUGGUUCUCCCAAGCUCAAGGCUCUCUACGUCUUUGGUUCAAGGGAUGUCUUAGCUGCUGCGAAGCCGUCCGGCCCAUCCGCCUCGUCUAUUAGCACGGAGUGGAACAAGAAGAGCCAAACUGCUCUAGCAUCUUCUUUGAAGCAGGAGGGAGAUGCCUGGUGGCACAAGAAGGGCCGCAUCAUCCCUCGACCUGUCAGUCAGGAGUGGGCCAACUGUUUGCUCGCUUGUCGAGGCAUCAUUGCCUUCGAUGCUGUGCUUUGCCAAGGCCCGCGCCAUCGCAACUCGCCGGUCUAUAAGGGCGGAUCCGACGCUGAUAGCGCUCCCGCCGUAGCUACAUAUGCUCUGUCGGGCUGUGAGAAUUGCCACAAAGCUCCCGAAGGCUUCACUUAUCCGAGCGGCAUCAGCCCAGAUGCCAGCUUGCCGCUGCUGGCUCCGCUGCCUCUUCUCUCUUCGUCACUUCGGGCUGCAACCACGCCCAAAGACGCAGACACCUCAUUUGUGCCCAGAUGUAUGGACUGCAUUCGCGAACGGUACUGCACAAGCUGCAAUAAAUGGUGGUGCGAAUCAUGCUAUGAUUUUUCCGGGCAGAUUUCAAGCGGCCAUUAUGCGACGCAAAUCGCCAUCGUUGACGAUGAUACAGUCAAUGACUUUGGCGAUUUGGACCUCGAGGUUCCGACUAUGAAAGUCAAGGUACGAAACGGUCUCUGUCAUCCAUGUACACUCACUCGAGCCCAGGAGGAGGAGAAUGACAAAAGUGGCCCUUAA